UAAUGGGUAUUAUUUGCUUUGCUUGAUACGGUCACACUGUCACACAAAAAGCGGGAAUUCUUUCAAAAAUUUCGUUUUCGUUAUUUUAAAUAAGUACACACAAUUUUAAAAUGCCACGACACAGUAGAGCCAAGCGCGCACCCAGGCCGUCGGCGAACAACUCAAAAUCGCCGAACGACGACGACACGGCCUUCCACUCGCCGGAGCCAGAAGACGGCACCGACUACGGCCUCGAGUUCACAACCAGCCAACUGACGCUUCAGGAAAACAAUCGGCGUUCCUCGACGAUGCGCAGGGACGCCGGACGGAGGCAGUCGCCAACGAAUGGUAGCUCAGCCAGUGGCGAGGAGGAGGACCAGGAGAAUCGCCAUCCCAGAGCCAGACCGUCGCAGACGCGUCGAUUGACCAUGCAGCAGGAAAGCAAGACGCGGGCAGCAGGGCCAGUUGCUGCGCAGAACCAGACCAGGCGGCGCAAAGCGACCAAUCCCAUGAGCAGAGCCAAGAGGAUGGAUCGCGAGAUUCGGCGACUGCAGCACCAUCCCGGUACACUGAUACCCAAGCUGCCGUUCUCGCGUCUGGUGCGGGAGUUUAUCAUGAAGUACAGCGACGGCGAGCCGCUGAGGGUCACCGAGGGCGCCCUAUUAGCCAUGCAAGAGUCCUGCGAAAUGUACUUGACGCAGCGGCUCGCGGACUCCUACAUGCUAACCAAGCAUCGCAAUCGCGUCACACUGGAGGUGCGCGACAUGGCAUUGAUGGCCUACAUCUGCGACCGGGGUCGGCAAGCUUAGUCCAAAAAAGAUGUUUAGGCUUAGUUUAAUUAUUUGUUUGAAUAGUUUUGUAUAUUCUUUGUAGUGUUUACGUAAUGAAAAGUUAAAAGAAAUUGUUAAAUCCCCCUUUUUAUACCAUUAAUAUUAGCUUUAAAUAAAUAUUUUUGCUUGACAA